AUGGCUAAUGGGAGCUUGGAUUCUUUUGUUUUUGAUCAAACAAGGCGUAAACAAUUGGGCUGGUCAAAGUUCUUCCAGAUCAUCGAUGGAAUUGCACGUGGGCUUCUCUACCUUCAUCAGGAUUCGAGAUUGCAAAUUAUGCACAGAGAUCUGAAAGCAAGUAAUGUGUUGCUUGAUGCUGAGCUGAACCUAAAGAUUUCCGACUCUGGUUUGGGAGAACCUUUCAAGGAGAUCAGUGCGGAGACAACACGGAAAGGUGGCUAUAUGGCUCCGGAAUAUGCGCUGAUGUCUUCAGUUUCGGCAUGGAGAAUGUGGAUGGAAGGGACACCCCUCGCGUUAGUUGAUUCCUCGUUAGAGGACACACGAUCUUAUGUUUGA